GUUCCGUCGUGUGUGCUGGCACACAGUGGCACUACAAUUUUUUUUUGUCCAUUAAAUUUAAAAUUUUCAAUCAGCUCUCGUAUUCUUUCUUUAGCAACCAGUAAAUCAGAAAGAUCCACUAUGAACCCAGCUGUUUCCAACAUCGUCAUCAUGCUUGUCAUGAUGCAAUUGGCCAAGAGAUUAGACUUUGAAGACCCCGAUGUCUUGUUCUACACUCGUGCCGCCUAUGUUUCCUGCCAAUUGGUUGCAUUUGCCAUUUACUUUAUUGUUAGGGCCAAGAUCAAUGCAAAGAAUGAUUUGACCACCUUGAAAUACGUUGAACCAGCCAACCCACUCUCUGGUGACGCCGAACCAAAGGCUGUUGUUACCACUGUCAAGGAGUACGACUUGCAACAAGUCAACACCCAAGUCAAGGGUAUGUUUACUGGUUUGGCCAUGAUGGCCUUCAUGCACCUUUACAUGAAGUACACCAACCCAUUGUUUAUGCAACUUAUCUCCACCGUUAAGUCUGCUUUGGAAUCCAACAUUGUCAAGAUUCACUUGUUUGGUGCUCCUGCCAGCGGUGACUUGAAGAGACCUUUCAAGGCUGCUCCUGGAUUCAUGGAUGCUUUAACUGGUGCUGGUGCCGUCAAGACCGACAAGCAAUCCAUCGAAGAAGCCGAAGUCAGUGGUGCCGGUGGUAUUAAAGAAGAUUAGGGAAUAAAACUAAAGCAAACCUUAUAUUUUUGUUCUAUAUAUUUCACUUCUGUUUUACUAAUAUACAUUCCUGUUCUUUA